AUGAGAACUCCAUCACCACGUAAACCAAACUCCAGUACCCCAGAUCCAGCCCUCAACCAAACAUCCAUCCCACCCUCGAGAUCCACCGCUGCGCAAUCUUUCUCAUCCCCAGCACCACCACUUAGCUCCGCUCAACGCCUCUAUGUGACUCGUCAAGCAGAAUUGCAGCGCUUCCGCCGACUGUUCCGACGCCUAGCAUGGAAAGCAAACAGUUUAACGCACUGGUCACAUCGGGCAUUAAAUUUGGCCCAAGAACAUCAAUCUCAAUUUCACUCUCAGAAUCAUCCCGACCCCCCACCCCACGCCCACCCAGUUAGCGGCCAUGGUUAUCCAGACCCGAGCCCCAGAGCCUCGUUGGGUCGAUACGAGAUGAUCAUCGACCCCGUUGAAGCCGAGCGACAAUUCAAGAUUGACUUCUACGAGUUCUACACUCUCUUAGAACGUGGACUAGUCUGUCUACUUGGCGUCUGGGGAAUUGUUAUCACUUCCACCGCUCCUACAAAUACGACGGGACAAAUCCCUCCUGCAUAUUCUACGAAUCCUCAGAAGCAAGCGAGUAGAAUGCCGGAACCUAUCAUCGGCGACUCCCGCACUUUCCACGGCGCAUCACAUCGAUUUCAUGCCAAUGUUCUCGACGCGCUUGAUCAUCCUUCCAAUCCGCUUCAUGAAAUCCUUGGCACAGGCGACGCGAGAGAAUACAUUGGCGUGGCAAAGGAGUUCCGUAAUAAAUGGAAAGACGUGGAACAGCGGCCCGACGAUUCUUUCCACGGCCACGAACGAGCUGAGGAAGAGUGGGACCGCGGCAAGGUUAAACGGUAUGAGAAGGUUCUACAGGAUUUGCAGCUGGAUGUAUUACUGGGAACCGUUUUAGCGGCGCUGGAGGAAGCCGGAAGGAGAGCCGAAGGGGAGGUAGCAAGGUUGAAAAACAUGCUUGGGAAACCCCCGGGGGGAGAGCACGGGAUGAGUGUAGGUGUUGACGAUGGCGAUGGCGAUUUUGAUAUGGAAGAUGCCCCGUUUGAGUCUUUGGCUGAGAGAAUAGAUUUUGACUAUGAGAUGGAGUGUUGA